AUGGUUCAAUAUUUAAAAAUACAUAAAUUAUACGGACAUGCACGGGAAGUUACAGAUAUUUGCGUCAAUGAAGAGCAUUCAAUGAAAGACUACCAAAGUGAAGAAGUGGCCAGCGUAUUCCCACAAAAGCUAACUCGGUGCGUUCCAUAUGGUAAACUUAUGAGCAAAUAUGCAGUAAUAAAACAGAUUGUUUACGAGGCGCGUGCCUUGUUUAUCUCCUCUUCCUUGGAUUUUGACAUUUGGUGCCUAGUGCAUGUGGGAGCUUGGCUGAUGUUGAGCCCUCCUCAGUCACGGGGUUGGAUUCAACCGCCUUCCAUCUCUCUGAAAGGAAUAUUUGAAGAAUACAAGUAUUGCAAUAUACAACAUUUAAUACGUAAAACUUUAAAGUGUUCAAAACAGAAAAUGAAGAACGGGACUGAAAAUCUAUUACUGAUUUUAUUGGAUUCACUAAUGAAAAAUUAUAUUUUGGGAGAUGGAAACACACUAUUCUCACCAAUUAAGCUCGGCAUUUCAUUGAGAGAAUCAAACGCGGAAAAGAAGAUUGGUACAAAACGUACAAUUAUUGAGCGUCUUGAAAAUGAAGUUGUAAAUUUAAAGGAGGCAGAUCAAAAUGAAACGAGUAAUCUAGGUAAUCUAAAAAAUAAGAUUUCUGAAGGAAGCAUUUUCGAUAAGGACGAAAAAAGGGGAAAUUUGAAACGUAUUUGCAAUAAAACAGAAAAAGAUCAAAUGAAAAUGGAAGUAGAAACGCGCAUUGAAGGAUAA